CCGUCUCCCCAAAUUCAAAAUCUGAAAUCUUACUGCCUCUCUCACUCGCUAAGCUCUCACAGACACAUUGUCUUCAAACACCCACAAACCAAAACCACCAAAACCAGAUUCACAGCUCAGGCAUCUUACACAAACACUCGAUCUUUCUGGAACCCUUUUGGCAAUUCUUCAAAUUUAGAUCCGAGAGUUUUAAGAAUGGUGUACUCAUACGCACCCACAUACUACUCCUCUCUACAUGAGUCGGUCACCUCCUUAUGUAAGACCAUACUUCCCUUCAGCUUCAAGAAACGCCGCUUACCGGCCGCGGAACACAAGCUGUCGAAGCUUCAGUCUGAUAAUCUCAAAUGGCAGCAGGACUCUUUCCACCAGAUUCUCAACUUGAUGGGUCUUCACAAGGAAGGCAUUUUGGCAGAGACUGAGGUCUCAGCUUUUCGAUCCCAUUUGCUCGACACUCUAAUUGCAGCUCCGGCCGAACAUGAGCAGCCAGUGAUCUUGAGAGAUAAGCUGCUUUUCUUGCAGGAACUUUUGUAUGCAAAAUGCAUAUCUGAAGAUGAGUACCAUUCUUCGAAAAGGCCGUUGCUGCAGAGAUUGGCAGUCCAAGGAGCUGAGAUUGAGGCCAGAGAUGUAAUUGUUGCAGGGGCGCCACUCAAAGAUCCAAAAGAGAAUGCAGAGGAGGAAUGGUCUGUCAUCGACUUGAAGGAUGACAAAAGCUUGGUGAACAAAGAGGGCUCGAAUUCGAAGAGCAACAAAGGGAGGCAUGGCUCGGCAAUGAAGCAGAUCAAAGGAGCAGCUUCGGUUUUGGGUUUUGUGUCACCUUACAAACAGGGGAAGAACAGAGAAGAGAGGAGCAUUUUCGAUUUGGCUAACAACUCUAAUCAUGAAACUAGUUCAAUUCUCAUGCCGGAGAGCUUGCCUCCAGUGAAAGAAAGUGGUAGCUCGGAUAGAACAAAGAGGAAACCGUUUAGGAAUCUGUUUCAGAGAGAGCAGAAAGAGGGAAAUGGGGAUGAGAAUUGUGUCGAACAAGAACAGACACCUUUGAAAUCAGCGAAAAAGAAAUGGGGAUUUGAUGGAUUGAAGAAGUGGAAGAGGAGUGAGUUGGAGGAUGAGACAACUCCUCUGCCUCUUAAUGAGAGAUCAGAUAGUGAAGUUCAUGUGAAGCUUGUGGCAAGUCCCAUGGGUGAAGGACCAGACACUAGGCUUAUCAAGAGGAAGCUGCUUUCAGAUGGUUCUCCUUCUGAUUUUUUCAUUGAUAAGGUUGUAGGGGACAAGAUAAAGAAGGAGCUGUCGAGAAUUCAGACCGAGCUUUGCACAUCAAAUCCAAAUCUCAAAUUUUCGAAUGACCAAAUUGAAGCAAUUUCAACUAAGCUUCCAGUAGACAAGGCUGAGCUAAAGAAGUUUUUCCCCAAGUCGUGGUGUGAUCGCUACGGUGAUGUGGUCUUGGAUGUGGUGAAGAAAGAAUUCAAGGACCAUGUUGGGGAAAUGGAGAGCUUGAGGAAUGCAGCUAGAGAGAAACAUGGCAUGAACUCAGCGCGAUGGACAACAUUCCAAGACGACGAUGAAAAUUGUCACCCGAAUCUAUUUGCAACCCGAGAUCAUUCAUACCAUAGCAGUGGCACUUCAAGGUUCCAUGAAACCAAUCCUUUCUGUGAUGAUCACAUCACUGGGAAUGGAAGCAAUGCUAGCAAGCUGGGAUUUAAACCAGCUUUUGCCCAAGACCAGAACCAGAACCCCUUCUGGGUCCCUGGACAUGGCUAUUGAUAACAGCAGGCACUGAUAUAUAUUCUGGGUAAUGCCUUAUAGGGAAGUAAUGUUAUCUGCUUUUAUGAUGUUAUUAUGAUUGAGGAAUCGCUUUAUGGAUUCUAAAAGAACUCGGCUAGCCAAGUAAUUCAAACUCUUAUGUUUGACUUGUAAAUUAGGCAAUGUAAUUUCACCCUGUGCUGUCCUAAAGUAACAACAGGGUUGGUAAUUUAUUGAAAA